GAGCGAAAGUCACAAGGCGGAAAAAGCCCAUUUCUGGUUAUUCCAACCUCAUUUAAUAAACUCUGUCGGCAGUCGUGUGGUUUGAUGUGCCGGCCAUGGAAGAUAUCUUGAACUCGGGAGUCAACAAGAACGUUUGAAAGCUGGUUGAGUUUGACGAAGGCUGAAAUUGUGGUCCUGUGAUCGUCAACGUGGCAACAACAGACUUGGUGAACACGAACCCAAGGUAGACUUCGAACCGUGAUCAUCUUGGAAAGCUUGUUCAAAGAGCCAUUCUUUUGCUCGCUGGUCUUUCAAAGGCAUUUCGCAAGCGGCACCAAGCAUCUCGAAAGUCAUAAACAUGCCGGAGUUAGCAAAGCUGCCACCUUCGGGUAUCAAGGUGCUUAUAGUCGGAGCAGGGUUUGGUGGUUUAUGCGCCGCCAUUGAAUGCAAUCGGAAAGGCCAUGAAGUCAUACUAUUGGAAAAGGUCAAACAGCUCAAGCCUCUAGGGGAUGUCAUCAGUUUCUCCUCAAACUCGGGUCACAUAUUCGAGAGAUGGGAGGGUGUAGUUGACGAGCUCGACCCCAUCGUCCAUAAAAGCACUGGACUGGAUUUCCACGACUGGAUGGGCAACUUCGCGACUCGACAGCAAUGGGGGGAUGAGAAGCAAUGGGGACGACGCAUAAACGGACAUAGAGGCCAGAUCCAUGACGUGGUGUACAAACAUGCCAAAGCGAGAGGUGUUGAUAUUCGACUUGGUCAAACUGUCACCGAUUAUUUCGAGACCGAUACCGAGGCAGGUGUUGUUUCAAAUGGUGAGAAAGUGGUCGCAGAUUGUGUCUUUGCUGCAGAGGGUGUCAAGUCUGCUGGCAGGAAGAUUGUGUUGGGUACCGAGGAUCCGCCAAAGCCGUCAGGCUAUGCUGUUUAUCGCUCAUGGUUUGACUCGGACGAGCUUGCUAAGAAUGAGAGGACAAAGCACCUCGUUAUAAACGGUGACACGCAUACUGGAUGGAUUGGCGAAGACAAGCACUUUCUGGCUGCGUCAGUGAAGAACGGAAAGGAGUUCAGCUGGGUGUUGACACACAAGGACGAUGGUGAUAUCGAGGAAGACUGGCAGUUCCCGGGAAACAAGGAUGAGGUGAAGAAACACUUGGCCGGUUGGGCGCCGGUAGUCCACGACAUUGUCGAUGCAACUCCCCCCGACCGACUCGUCGAUUACAAGCUGGUCUUCCGAGAUCCAUUACCGACCUUCAUAUCACCAAAGGCUCGCAUCUGUCUCAUCGGCGAUGCUGCACAUCCAUUCUUACCGACAUCGAUCCAGGGAGCCAGUCAGUCGAUGGAAGACGGAGUGACGUUAGCCAUCACUCUGCAGAAGGCAGGCAAAGCGGAUGUUCCUCUCGCUAUCCGGGCAUAUGAGGCUAUCCGGUAUGGACGUGUUCACCGAGCUCAGAUGACGGGUGUAACAACGCGAGAACAGUGGCACAAAGCUGACUGGAAUGAGAUAUGGAAAGAUGUCACAGUGUUGCACCUGAAGAGAGAAGCAUGGUUGUUGGACUUCGAUGCCGAAACUCACGCGUACGAAGUGGUUGAUGAUGUUUUGAAGGAUUUGAGGCAAGGCAAACCUGUCAAGACUGAGACCCCACCUGAGUCUGAACAGAAGAGUGGCAUUCAGACGGUGAUAGCCACAGAGGUUGACCAACUAGCAUGAAAUGUGAGUCGUAGAGAAUAAAACCCAAUGUUGUAAUAUGAACGGCAGGCAGCCUUGUCACUGGUUCGGGAACUCGGGGCCAGGCCAUCAACUCAGAAUUGCUUCAAUGUUCGAAGUACCAUGCUGCGUGUAGAUCUCAACAUCUCCUCCAAAUUGCGCAUAGACGACGUCUCUGGCCAUCUCGCCAUGUAUGCGAGCAUCCUAGCCACAAGCGAACCGGGCCUGGCUCGGUUGGAAUAGAUUUCGCGACUAGGUUGCUC